GCCUCUUUGGCGCGCACGCGCCUGAGCGCGCGCCCGGAGGGGCGGGCCGGGAGUUGCCGCUCGCACGCCCUUGGGCAGCGGCCGGGCGCCCGUUGUCCGUUUUGCUUCCGACGCGCGCAGUCAGUGGAGCUGGUGUAUGUGCGGCAAUAACAUGUCUGCCCCGCUUCCCGCCACCGUGCCCGCGGUCCGGAAAGCCACCGCUGCGGUGAUUUUCCUUCAUGGAUUGGGAGAUACAGGGCAUGGAUGGGCAGAAGCCUUUGCAGGUAUCAGAAGUUCACAUAUCAAAUACAUCUGCCCACAUGCACCAAUUAUGCCUGUAACAUUGAAUAUGAACAUGGCUAUGCCUUCUUGGUUUGAUAUUACUGGGCUUUCACUAGAUUCACAGGAGGAUGAACCUGGAAUUAAACAGGCAGCAGAAAAUGUAAAAGCUUUGAUAGAGCAAGAGGUGAAGAAUGGCAUUCCUUCUAACAGAAUUGUUUUGGGAGGAUUUUCUCAGGGGCCUAUCAGUGGCAUUAAUAGAGAUAUUUCUAUUCUUCAGUGCCAUGGAGAUUGCGAUCUGUUAGUUCCCCUAACGUUUGCUUCUCUUACUGCCGAAAAGCUAAAAACAUUAGUAAAUCCAGCCAAUGUAACCUUCAAAACCUAUGAAGGCAUGAGGCACAGUUCAUGUCAACAGGAAAUGAUGGAUAUCAAGCAGUUCAUUGAUAAACUUCUACCUCCAGUUGAUUGAUGUCACUAAGAGGCCUUCUGUAGAAGUGCACACCAGCAUCAUUGUAGUAGCGUAUAAACCUUUUCCCGUGCCCAGUCUUGAAACUUCUAAUGUUUGCAGUGUUAAAAUGUUUUGUAAAUACACACCAAUGAUAGAGACUACAUGAUACUCUCUCCUUGUGGGAAAGAUGGUCUUUUAAGUUUCUAUACCUGUAUUUGUAUAAUAUGAUUCAGAAUAUACUAGUAUUAAAAUAGGUGAAGCAGCUAAGCUUCUUUUUCCCAAAGUAAUUCAGCAAAAUAAUAAAAUACUGUAACCAGAUUUUUUAUUACGUCAUUUGACAAUUAUUAGUAUGCUUACUGAAAAUUUGUUUAGGUACAAAUGAGCAGUUAAGAUAUAAAUGACUUAUGCAUGCUGUGACUUAGUCUAUGGACUUAUUCCAAAAUUACUUAGUCACCAUGCACUAUCUGUAUUUUUAUAUAUAUAUAUAUAUUCAUUAUAUACUUAAUGAUUGUAAUACAUAAUGAGAAUGAGGUGUUACUACAUUAUUCCCAAUAAUAGGGAUAAUGCUUCUAAGGUCAAUAAAGAGUAAUAUUCCUGUGUUCAGUUAAUGGCCCUUUUAUUUUGGGGACCAGGUUUUAUUUUCCCUGAUACCAUUUCUGUUUAGUAUUUUUUUUUUGUCUCUAGAAAUCUGUUCUUUUUUAUGCUUCAUAACAGACCAAAUAUUGCCUCCUUGCCAUAGACAUCUGCUGCCCAUACAUGCUGUAAUUUGACAUUCUGAAUCACAGGUUUGAUGGUAUUUAAAAUGUAUUUACAUUUGUAUACAGAAACCUUUAAACUUCCUACACUACUUAUUUCUUAAACUGCACCUUAGUCCAAAGUUAGACCUAUAUAGUUAUUAGAAUCUUCAGUCUAGAUAAUGGGAAUAAUUCUGUGGUUGUAUUUUUCUGUAAUUAACUGAAAGAAUAUAUAGGUCAUAUUCUAGUAUGUUCUGGAAUAUUUAAGACAGAUCUUAAAAACUAAUUUCUAAGAUGAUUUGCUCUAAGAUGAUUCUCCUCGAGCGUAGUUUUAGUUUACUUGUUUUGUACAUAUAUUUGAAACCAACUACUGUAGAAAAUGAACAGUCCAUUAGAAAAUUUUGCUUUAUUUUUAUCUGCCAGUGAACUUUUUUGAAAACUUCACUUUAGUCAGAUGGGUUUUUUUUUUAAUUAGUUUUUUGUGCAAACAUAAAAGUAGUAAUUAUUUGACUUUAAGUAGUUGAAUUUUUCAGAUUAUUGGUAAAAAUUAUUGGAAAACAAAUUUAUGGGUGAUAAAAAUUAAUCGCAACUCAAUACAUAUGGUGUAGUUACCACAGUUUAAUAUGUAGCAAAAAUGUAUACUUGAUAUUUCUGAACUGUUAAUUUUUCUGCUGUAUUCCAACUGACUAAAACAAUGUUAGGAAUGCAUCUUUAUAAAUGGGUGCUAAUUGAUAAUGGAAAUAAUUUAGUAAUGACUGUACAGAAUGUUAAUAAUGAAGCCAUAUGUUUGGAUUUAAAAUUUUUAAACAAUCAUUUACUAAGUCGUUUUCCUUUUACCUUGAAGAAUAUAAAUUGUUGUUUCAAUUAUACAAAUCAGCAAGAUCUAAUUUAUGGCAAGAAAUAUUCCGUUGAAAUGUUGUGCUCUAAUGUGGGAAAAUGUAAAUCUUUUUCAUGGUUUCUACCAAUGUGAAAUAAAAUUUAAUUCUGACUUUUC